AUGAGCUUGGUGCCUCCCGACUUCUGCGACAGCAGCUCCCCAGGUCCACGCCGAGCUGGCAGCUUACCAGCUAGCCCAAGCCAGCUCCACACCGUGCCGCCAGGGCCGUUUCCUCACGCUGCAUACCCCGGUCUACCCAUAUGCUUAAGCAGUCAGGACCCGCCUACUCAAGCGGCGUCUAGCCCUGCGAAACACGCUCAGCCCUUCCCGCACAUGUACCAGAUGUCAAUAAUGGGGCAGCAGCAGCACCUGGCUGCCUUAGAUCUCGCAGCGGCGGCUCACAGCCCGAGCGGCGGUGCGCUGCAGACCUCCCCCUCGCGCAUGUUGCCCAGCCCUAAUUCCGGAAUGCCCUUGCACGGCGCCCAGCACCCGUACCUGGGUUACGACGCCGGCAUGCAGCAGUACUGCUCACAACACCCGCAGCGCCUGCAUCCCCCGGGGCAGCAACACUCCUCCGUGCACGGCCUUGUUCCGAGUUUCCCUGCAGCAGCAGGACCCGGAACCGGUAGCGAUGCCGUCGUAGCGGGCAAUCAGCACCAGAACCAUCCGUACAACAUGGCGCCCUAUGGAUAUUUUCCGCCGUAUGUACAACAGCAACCAUUAUCCGGAUCGCCCCUCGGCCACCACCAGCAGUUCCUGGGUCCGCGUACCAGUGUCCCGUACGGAGCCCCAUUCGCUUCCCCACCGCGGCACGUUUCUUCCCAGCAGUCGCCGCCCAAUGGUGGCGGAGGCGGCGGGGCCGGCAUGGGGCAGCAGCAGGGGGGCCCCCUCCGGCACAACGACACUGCGGCCAUCGGCCCGCCGGCUGACGGCGCUGUAUAUGGCGCCGCCGUGCAAGCUGCGAGUGAGGGAGGGCCGCGGGGGGCCGUUGCUCGGGAGGGGGCCCCUGCGGCGAUCUGGGUUGGGGACCCCAACGCAAGUGGGCAUAACGCGCCGCACGGUGCGGGGCCGGCGGUGGCAGCGUCGCCGCCGGCGAUGGCAAAAGCCGCUCCCAGCGGUGGCGUCAUGGGCUCCCCGCAGGGCCCUACGCUCGGCGGGUUUCUGGCGGCGGCAGCCGGCGGCAACGCUUUGCAUGGUGCCGUACGCCACGUCGUGGACGAGCUCCGGACGAGCCCGUUGAUCCUGCCGUCGGACUACGACACUCCUGGCCGUGGCAGCAUCGGUAUCACGGGCGGCGGACGAAGCACGGGUGGUGCAGCGUAUGGUAGUGGCGGCGGCGGGGGAAGCGGCGAGAAGAAUGCGGCGAUACAGCGUUACCAGGCCCAGAUCGUCUCCCUGGAGCGUCAGAACGCGGAGCUGCAGAAGCGCCUGACGGACACCCAGUCCGCUCUGGAGGCGGCUCGUCAGGCCCGUCAGGCGCUGGAGGCCAAGCAGGACGCCAUGGCGGACCAGGUGGCGCAGGCCAACCACGGCGCCAAGUCCCGGGAGAGUGCCUUGGAGAGCGCCCGCCGAGCCAACGACGCGCUAUCCGGAGAGCUGAGGUCGUGUCAGGAUGAGGUGGCGGCGCUGCGGAAUGCCCUGGCGGCCGCCAAGGACACAGCGGUGCAGUGGCAGGACAGAGCUAUGGAGGUGGGCAAGGAGCUGGAGGCAGCCAGGAAGAAGAUCGAGACUCUGGGGGAGGAGGAACGGCGACUGAGCUCCGAAAACAUGGCAUUACGUAAGGAGGUACAGCAGCUCAAUGACGUCAUCAUCAAGGGCCGUAUCGAGUCCGCCGAGCUGCGGGAGAAGCUCCGGAGCUCCCAGCAGGAUGCCGCCCGGGCCGCCAGUACGGCACAAGCACUGGCCAGCCGCGUGGAGAGCGAGCACGAGGGCGCGGCCGUUCAGAUGACCGUGAUGCGGAACAAGCUGUCGGAGCUGGAGUCCCGCAACAGCCAGCUGCUGUACGACGUUUCGGGGCUGCGGGAGGAGGUAUCGCGGGCCCGGCAGGCGGCGGAUGCGGCCAAAGCGGCGCUGGCGGCUAAACCGGCGGGCAUUGCGAGCGAGGGAGUCGGCAGCGUGCGACAGCAGCAGCACCACCACCACAUGAGCGGCGCUACGUCAGCGGGCUGGAUGGGGCUCGAGGCGCAGCAGCCCUCGGGCAACAGCAUAGCGCCGGGCCUCGGCCUCGGGGGCGGCAGCGGCAGCGGUGCCUACAACGGCGCAAGCUACGGCGGUCCGUACGGCGGUAACAUAGGUAACGGCUACAAUGGCGUCGGCAGCAGCGUGGAGUACAGUGGACCUGGCUUUGGAGCCGCAGGUUUUGGUGGAGGGGGCCCCAGCGGGAGCGUCAACGGUGGGGGCAGUGGCACCGCCAGCGGAAACGGAGGCGUCGGAGGCGGCAGCUUUUCCCAGCGGCCGCCGGCGGCCCUGCCACCGCCGCCCCAGCCCGGCUCCUUUCCAUCUUCUCAUUCUGGGCAGGCCACGAUAUCGGCUAUUUUACGCGACCUGCCGACGGACAUGGCGUUCAGUAAGCUGGAUCCGGAGACGUUCCGCAACAUGGUGCGCGCAGAGGCGGAGGCCAUGGGCCGCGGUGGAGGUGGCGGCGGCGGCGAUGGCCUGUACAGCGCGGCGAGUUCGCCGCUGAAACCCUCGUAUGGGACGAGGCACGGUGGCGGAGGCGGUGACUUGGGAACUGUGCCGAGUAGCGGGGCAUUGGACGGCGUGGCGCUGCUGCCGCCGCCGCCACCACGGCUGGCCUGGGGAGAUGGUCCGGGACGCGACCUGGCGGCAGCACCGCCGCCGCCGCCGCUGCCGGAUGCUCGGAACAUGUGGCGGGCGCCACCCCCCUUGGCGGAUGAGGGGGGCUUUGGCGGCCGUGGCGGCGGCGGCGGCGGUGCCUCCAAAGCCCCGAAUACAGGUGCUGCCAACAGCAGUUACGCAACUGGUCGUGGAGUAGCGCCGCUGCAGGGCAACGGCGGCGCGGGAGGUGGCGGCGGCAGCGGCGGCUCGCCACCGCCGUACGCUGUGAACCUCGUGGACAACCCGUAUGCGCACCGACGACCGGCUAACGCUGUUGGCACUGGCGGGGCGCCGCCUGGUGGAGGCAUGGGUAGCGGGAACGGCGGGGCGUACAAUGGCGAAACGCCGUAUGGUACGGAGGAGACUGUCAAGGAUAUGAUUGCCCGCAGCAAGGCUCUCGAGGACAAGCUGAUGGUGCUGUGCUCGGAGAAGGGCGGACUGGAGGCCGAGUACGCGCGCAUGCCGCUGGGGGCGGGUCGCAGCCUUCGAGAGCGCAACCGCAAGCAAGUGGUGGAGCAGCGCCUGGAGCUCCUCAACAAGGAGAUAUCCUCCGUGCGAAUGCAGCUCAAACGGCUGGGGGUUAAGUAA